AUGAUGCCAGCUCAGGAAAGGAUAGCCAGGUACCUGAAGGCUCCAAUGGAGAAUAUGAAGAUCAUUCUGGGAAGCAAUGGGCCCGGCCCAGGUUCACACAGCCUGCCAAGAUGAGACGGAGAGUGAUCGCCCGUCCUGUCGGCAGCUCCAUCCGCCUGAAGUGUGUGGCCAGCGGGAACCCACGGCCUGACAUCACGUGGCUGAAGGACAACAAGCCCCUCACGCCCCAAGAGAUUGGGGAGAACAAGAAGAAGAAGUGGACGCUGAACCUGAAGAACCUGAAGCCAGAGGAUAGUGGGAAAUACACCUGCCGAGUGUUCAACAAAGUUGGAGAAAUCAACGCGACAUACAAAGUUGAAGUAAUCCAGAGGACGAGGUCCAAGCCCAUCCUGACAGGGACGCACCCUGUCAACACGACGGUAGACUAUGGUGGGACCACGUCCUUCCAGUGCAAAGUCCGCAGCGAUGUCAAACCUGUCAUCCAGUGGCUGAAAAGGGUGGAGUAUGGCACAGAGAGCAAGUACAACUCAACCAUCGACGUUGGGGGACAGAAGUUUGUUGUGCUGCCCACGGGGGAGGUCUGGUCCCGUCCCGAUGGUUCCUACCUGAACAAACUGAUGAUUACUCGAGCCAAGGAAGAAGAUGCAGGGAUGUACAUUUGCCUAGGAGCGAAUACCAUGGGCUACAGCUUUCGCAGUGCUUUUCUCACAGUCCUGCCAGAUCCCAAGCCUCCAAGUGCACCUGUGCCCCCUUCCUCGGCCAGCAGCCUUCCCUGGCCCGUGAUCAUCGGCAUCCCAGCCGGAGCAGUCUUCAUUUUUGGGACGAUCCUCUUGUGGCUUUGCCAGACCAAGAAGAAACCCUGCGCCCCACCAGCUGCUGCCCCCGUGCACCGGCCGCAGCCCCGGGACAGGAUCUGCGUCUCCCAGGUCCCCGACAAAGACUGCAUCUCCUCCAUAAACUAUGAGGAAUAUGUCGCCCAGCAGCAGCAUUUGCUGUCCCAAGGGCCUGCACUCGCCCCGGCCAUGGCAUCCAAAAUGUACCCAAAGAUUUACACGGACAUCCACACUCACACCCACUCGCACGUGGAAGGCAAAGUCCAUCAGCACCAGCACAUUCAGUACCAGUGCUAA